CCCUGCGCUCCCCCACCCCCGCCCAGAAAGUCUUCAGCGCUCAGGCUUUCCGGGGAGCUGUUUGAGCCCUUGGCCGCCUACGCCCUUCGAAGUGCGGCCGGCCGCCCUCUCCCCCGAGACAUGGAUGCCCUGGAACUUGCCAGAAAGCUGCAGGAGGAGGCCACGUGCUCCAUCUGCCUCGAUUACUUCACGGACCCCGUGAUGACGGCCUGCGGCCACAACUUCUGCCGGGAGUGCAUCCAGCUAACCUGGGAGAAGGCUAAGAGCAGGAAAGGGGGCAAGAAGCGGCGGGGCUCCUUCCCCUGCCCCGAGUGCCGCGAGCUGUCCCCUCAAAGGAACCUGCGGCCCAACCGCCUGCUGACCAAGGUGGCCGAGAUGGCACGGCAGCACCCGGCUUUCCAGAGGCGGGACCUGUGCAGGGCGCACCAGGAGCUGCUGAAGCUCUUCUGUGAGGACGACCAGAGCCCCAUCUGUGUCGUCUGCAGGGAGUCCCGGGUGCACCGGCCCCACAGGGUUGUCCCCAUAGAGGAGGCUGUGCAGGAGUACAGGUUGAAGCUGGAGGCGGACAUGGGGCACCUCCGCGAGGAGUUGAUGAAGACGGGGAAGCUGCAGGCCAGGGAGAAACAGGCCUUGGCUGAGUGGCAGGUGAAGGUUAGGGAGCAGAGACAGCGCAUCCUGGUGGAGUUUCAAAAGAUGGGCCUCCUUCUUGUGGAGGAGGAGCAGCGUGUCCUCCAGGCCCUGAAGGAGGAGGAGGAGGAGGUGGUGGCCAAGCUGCAGGAGAGCUCAACCACCCUGGAGAGGCAGAGCCACACCCUGGAGAGGCUGCUGCUGCAGCUGGAGGACAGGAACCAGCACACACCCCUGCAGAUGCUGCAGGACAUGAAGGAGCUCCUGAGCAGGAAGAACAGCCUGAGUGUCCAGUACCCGGAGGCCACCCCGACCGUGCUGAGGACCGUCUGCAGGGUCCCUGGGCAGAUAGAGGUGCUCAAGAGUUUUCAAGAGGAUGUGGUGCCGGACCCCACCACCGCAUACCCCUACCUCCUGCUGUAUGAGAGCCGGCAGAGGCGCUACCUGACGCCGCCCCUGGGAGGCGUGCCCCCCAGCAAGGACCGAUUCCUGGCCUACCCCUGCGCGGUGGGCCAGCAGACCUUCUCUUCUGGCAGGCACUACUGGGAGGUGGGCAUGAACCUCACGGGCGAUGCACUCUGGGCACUGGGCGUGUGCAGGGACAACGUGAGCCGCAAGGACAAGGUCCCCAAGUCCCCUGAGAAUGGGUUCUGGGUGGUGCAGCUGUGCAAGGGGAAGAAGUACCUGCCCGUCAUGGCCGCCCCAACCCCGGUCACGCUGGCCGAGCCCCCCAGCCACGUGGGGGUCUUCCUGGACUUCGAGGCAGGAGAGGUGUCCUUCUACAACCUGAGGGAUGGCUCCCACCUGCACACCUACGCCCAGCGUGAAUUCUCCGGCCCCCUGCAGCCCUUCUUCUGCCUCGGGGCCCCCAAAUCAGGCCAGAUGGUCAUCUCUACAGUGACCCUGUGGGUGAAGGGCUAGGCCACCUGCCAGGUUUCUUUCUGUCUGCUGGCACCUUGGUGAGCCCCCAGCCGUGCAAGGCACUUUCACUAAAAUGAAACAUAAUCCGGAUUAAAGCAGUUAAUGAUAGAGGCUAUAUUCGCACGCAUUUCAUGAAGAAAACUUGGACAGCCGCGGAGCUCCCUAGUGGACCGAUUCCAAGGAAGGACAUCCAGCCCCAGGCGCCUGUGAUGCACUAGCUCUGGGAUACGUAUGCCCACCUGGGAAUGGAGCCAGAGGACUGGCCCCGCUGUGCUUUGGGUUAUACACAGAGAGCCACGGCCUCCAGGGUCCACCUGCUUUGUCUUCCAAACACUCGGUGUUUGCACCUUGCAGCAAAGGGGGGAGGGGAGGAGGCGGUGAUGAGAAAACGA